AUGGUCACCUCACUCUGGAAGAAAUCAUCAAACUCCGCCUUCCCACCGCAGAGUUUGCAUUCCUAUCCGCUUGUCAGACGACAGCUGGGGAUGAAAAGCUCUCGGAAGAAGCCGUUCAUAUCGCAGGUGCAAUGUUAUUGGCGGGAUAUCGUGGGGUGGUGGCGACGAUGUGGUCUAUUCGAGAUGACCUUGCACCAGAAGUAGCGGACGCGUUCUAUGCCUAUUUGACGCGAGAAGGGAAGCGGCCAGAUAACAGGAAGGCAGCAGAAGCGCUACACUUUGCGAUGAAGCAGCUGCGUGAAAGACCAGGGGUCUCGCUUCUCGAUUGGCUUCCGUUUGUCCAUCUCGCCACCAUGUCUCCAUUCCUUCCAUCACCGGCCGAGUUCUUCGCGGCGGUGGAAUCUUCUAGUCCCAACUCGCCAGUUCCUUCCAAUAAUGAGCUUGGUGCAGCACAAGCUAGCCAAGCUGACAUAGAGCAGGCUGCUCAUCUUGACUUCCACACUCAUCCCUCACAUGUUUCAGAAUCUCUUUCAAGCAUCAAAGAGUCUGAUAAUAUGAAUGGUCUCGAGCCUCACAACUCGACCGAAUCUGUACGAGCUCUCUUGCAUACAACAAUCAUUUCAUUGACUUGUACCCUUCAGAUUUCAAAUUCCUUUUCGAGUGGCAUGGCUAAUUCAUCGACUUGUGCCGAAGACGGCGACAAUUCCAAUGCUUCCUCCAGCCACCUGCUCUCCAACUCUUCAUCUCAACUCCUGCCCCGGAAACGUAGCCGCCGGGACAUUGCAGAAGAAGACGCCUCUAUCGAUGAAUCCAUUGAGAAGAUGCAGUUGCGCGAAUUUGCAAGGUCACUUGCCGCUGAAGGAGGCCUUGACGAGGAGAAGACUGAGGAUCUCGUUUCCUUCAUGGAG